UGCUGACAGUUGUCAAAAAGUGUCUAAACUGUUCAAACUGUUCGAUUUUUGGAAAAGCUGAAAAUCUCCUGUUUUUUUCGUGAUUUGCAGUGAUCUACAGGUGAAAUUUCUUAUAAAUUCGUUUAUAUUUACUUGCUAAUAGUGUUCGCCUUUACGUCCAUGACGAGGCCAGGCGAAAAUGGCAAGGACAGACGGCGCUCUCGGAGCAGGUCUCACUCGCCGCUGGACAGGAAGAAAAGGCGCUCCCGGAGUCGCGAGCGAGAUCGUGAACGUACCAAAACAUCAUUCCGGUUUAAGGAUUUUGGAAGGCGCGACCGAGAAAGAGAUCGUGAACGGGAGCAACGGGAUCGCGAAAGGGAGAAAGAACUGGAGAAAGAGCGCUUCAAGGAAGCUGAAAGGAAACGAGAACGUGAGAAGGAACGGGAAAAAUUAAGGGAGCAAGCUACAAAAUACGCUCAAAGUGUUAGUAGCAGUAGUGCAAACAAUAGCGGUGGCUUCCGUCAGUCCAAGUUUGAUCAAAAACCGCCCGGAUAUGUUGAAAAGGAAAUCAAGAAGCCCGUUAAAGAAGAGCCCAAGGAAAAGGAAGAAACAUUUGAUCUCUCUGUCCCUAUGGAUAAAGAGGAGGAACAGCGUAGGCUAGAGCAGGAAAUGGUUAAACGAAGAGAGCGAAUCGAACGCUGGCGAGCUGAGAGAAAAAGAAAGGAAAUUGAAAUUAAGAAGCCAACUGUUCUAACGGGAGUAAACAUUCCGAAGAAAUGGAGUUUAGAGGAUGACGAAGAAGAUGAUGAAGACGAUAUUAAAGACAAGGCUAAUAAAGAUAAUGAUGAGGAGGACGAUGUUGAUCCAUUGGAUGCAUUCAUGAAAGAAGUAAAUGAAGAGGUGAGAAAAGUGAAUAAGUUGCCUAAUUCCGCUCCAAAGUCGGAUGGAAAAGCAGCCUCUAGUUCAGGUGUAACUAUCAUCACUGGUGUAGCCAAAAAGAACACUGAAGCCGCCAAGAAAGGUGAACUAAUUGAGCAGAACCAGGAUGGAUUAGAGUAUUCUUCGGAGGAGGAACAAGAAGAUAUAAAAGAUACGGCUGCAAACCUGGCCAACAAACAAAAGAAAGAGCUCGCCAAAAUUGAUCAUACCGGUAUAAACUACAUGCCGUUCAGGAAAGCAUUCUACGUAGAAGUUCCUGAAAUUGCCAAGAUGACGCAAGCAGAAGUCGGCGUUUAUAAAACCGAACUUGAAGGAAUUGCCGUCAAAGGUAAAGGAUGUCCAAAACCAAUUAAAACAUGGGCCCAUUGCGGUGUAUCGAAAAAAGAGUUCGAUGUACUGCGCAAACUAGGUUUCGAAAAGCCGACUCCGAUUCAAUGCCAGGCCAUUCCGGCGAUUAUGUCUGGGCGCGAUUUGAUUGGCAUCGCUAAAACCGGUAGUGGUAAAACGCUGGCGUUUAUUCUUCCCAUGUUUCGUCACAUUUUGGACCAACCGUCACUCGAAGACGGUGAUGGUCCCAUUUCAAUUAUAAUGACACCAACGCGGGAGUUAUGUAUGCAAAUUGGAAAGGAUAUUAAAAAAUUUGCUAAAUCUUUGAACUUGCGGGCAGUUUGCGUUUACGGUGGAACCGGUAUUUCUGAACAGAUCGCUGAACUCAAACGCGGUGCUGAAAUCAUCGUCUGCACUCCUGGACGUAUGAUCGACAUGCUGGCUGCGAAUUCUGGGCGUGUUACAAAUCUGCGUCGUGUGACAUAUGUUGUAUUGGAUGAAGCGGAUCGCAUGUUCGAUUUGGGAUUCGAGCCUCAGGUUAUGCGAAUAAUCGAUAACGUUCGCCCGGAUCGGCAAACGGUAAUGUUCAGUGCCACCUUUCCACGACAAAUGGAAGCACUCGCUAGAAGGAUAUUGAAAAAACCUAUCGAAAUUCAAAUUGGUGGACGUUCGGUAGUCUGCAAGGAUGUAGAACAACAUGUCGUCGUUUUAGAAGAAGAUGCAAAGUUUUUCAAACUGUUAGAGUUACUUGGACUUUAUCAAGAACUCGGUAGCAUUAUAGUAUUCGUUGAUAAGCAAGAAAAUGCCGAUAUUUUGCUGAAGGAUUUAAUGAAAGCUUCAUAUCCUUGCUUGAGCUUACACGGUGGAAUCGAUCAGUUCGAUCGAGAUUCAACUAUCAUAGACUUUAAGCAGGGUCGAGUUAAGUUGCUGAUCGCUACAUCUGUUGCAGCGAGAGGACUGGAUGUAAAACAGCUGAUUCUGGUUGUGAACUACGACUGUCCCAAUCACUAUGAAGACUAUGUGCACAGAUGUGGUAGAACAGGUCGAGCCGGCAAUAAAGGAUUUGCAUGGACUUUCCUAACUCAUGAACAGGGCCGUUACUCUGGGGAUAUUAUUAGGGCCCUUGAGCUGUCUGGUGGCACAGUGCCCGAUGAUUUGAGGAGCUUAUGGGAUACAUACAAAACGGCACAGGAAGCCGAAGGCAAGAAAGUUCACACCGGGGGCGGUUUUAGUGGAAAGGGAUUCAAAUUCGACGAACAGGAAGCUGCUGCAGUUAACGAACGUAAAAAACUGCAAAAAGCUGCUCUUGGGCUCCAAGACUCCGAUGACGAGGAUGACCUGGAACAGGAUAUUGAUCAGCAUAUUGAGAGCAUGUUUGCAACGAAGCGAAUCGUCAAGGAGGUUGAAGCUCCAGUAAUAACGCAAACCGUUGCCACUCCAGUGCCGACAACGACGAAUUCGGAUAAGUUGGAGCUUGCUAAGCGCUUGGCGUCACGCAUCAAUUUACAAAAAAAUCUUGGACUCGAAGCUAAAGGUGCUACCCAGCAAGCGGCCGAAGCUAUUCUUAAGGGUGGAACUACACAACAACUUAUCACAGCGAAGACAGUUGCUGAGCAAUUGGCGGCGAAGCUCAACACCAAACUCAACUACCAACCCAAGGAUGAGGACGAGUCACCGGUGGAAACCAAUGAGGCUGUUUUCCGGAAAUAUGAAGAGGAGCUGGAAAUCAACGAUUUCCCACAACAAGCGAGAUGGAAAGUUACAUCGAAGGAGGCGCUUGCGCAAAUUUCCGAGUACUCGGAAGCCGGCCUUACGGUGCGUGGUACUUAUGUGCCGCCUGGAAAGAAUCCUCCCGAAGGAGAACGUAAGCUGUACUUGGCAAUCGAGAGCUGUUCUGAGUUGGCAGUAACAAAGGCAAAACGAGAAAUAACUCGAUUAAUCAAGGAGGAACUGUUGAAAUUACAGGCGUCUUCGCAUCAUAUAAUUAACAAGUCUAGAUACAAAGUUUUGUAAACCUAGAUACUGAUUCCGGUGUAGAUCGUGUUUGAACUAAAUUUCUAAUUUUCCAAUAUGAAUAUAAGAUAUUUUACUACACAUAAUAAAAAAAAUGCUGAAAAGGGCUUUAGUCAAUGCAAA